CCUCGAGACCGGAUCAGACACCGUGCGUGCUUCCCCGCGAAGUAAAAGGAAAGCCCGAGCGAGAGUGGCGGAUCACACCGCCGCACACGCGUCACCAUCCCGUCGGCGGCGAGGUCGGAGCGGAGCCGGUAGGUGGACGCACGCCAAGCCAAGCGUGCGAACGAGCCUCUUCCUCCCUCAUCGGCGAAAAAAAACCAGAAACUCGAGCCAACACGCGACGCGACGCGCGGGACGCGUGCUCCGCCCCUGCCGCCCAGAUCCCCCAUCCCACCUCUCUCGCGCGGGCGCACCAGGUGUCGGGCGUGUUGACGCGGGAGGCAGAUCUGGGGAAUCUGGCAGGAGCGGCGGUGGGGCUGCGGGCGCGGGCCAGGGCGGGCGGCUGGGCGGACGGCGCGGACGACGACGGGGCGGACGGCGACGACUGCAGGCUCAGGCCCUGGCGCCGCAGGCUGCUCGCGUCCAUGGCGUUCUCCUGGCCAUCGGCCAUCCGCCUCGCCGUCGGGGCCAUCCUGCUCUGCGCAGUCGGGGUCGCCGUAUUCACGCUCCCCGUUGAGAAGAUUUUGAAGCAUUUUCUUAUUUGGAUCAAGGAGAACUUGGGUGCAUGGGGUCCUUUGGUACUGGCCCUUGCUUAUAUUCCUUUGACGGUCUUAGCUGUUCCAGCCUCAAUACUUACACUUGGAGGUGGUUAUCUGUUUGGCCUACCUGUUGGGUUUGUUGCUGAUUCUAUUGGAGCAACAAUUGGUGCAACUGCUGCAUUUUUGCUUGGUAGAACGAUUGGAAGGCCUUAUGUUCUCUCCAAGUGCAAAGAUUACCCCAAGUUUCAAGCUGUAGCUAUUGCCAUCCAAAGAUCUGGCUUCAAGAUUGUGUUGCUACUAAGGCUUGUACCUCUACUUCCGUUUAACAUGUUGAACUACCUGUUGUCUGUCACUCCUGUUGGCAUUGUAGAAUACAUGCUGGCUUCUUGGCUGGGAAUGAUGCCAAUCACUCUCGCUUUGGUAUACGUGGGAACAACACUGAAGGAUCUAUCAGAUGUGACACAUGGGUGGAGUGAGAUCUCAACUACCAGAUGGGUUUUCAUAGUUUCUGGCUUUGUAAUGUCCGUUCUCUUGAUUAUUUGUGUCACAAAAGUUGCAAAAUCUUCUUUGGACAAGGCGCUGGCAGAGAAUGGAGAGGUCGAUAUAGGAACUUCGCAGCUUCCUGUGGUAGCCUCUCCCUCAGAUCUGCACCAACCCCUUGUGAUCAAGAUUGACUCCUCGAAUGAAGAUCACGAGAAGUAAAUCUGUUGUUUAUGGGCUUUACAUGUACAUUCUGUGGAAUCUGUAGCACUGUACUCCGUAGUUCUCUGGUUUGAGCAACACCAGGGUGGUUUAGAAAAGAAAAAAAAGAAAGGAAAACUCUGACAGUGUGAGGUUGACUGAUAGGUGACUAUACUUCAGUAAUACAUUUUUAUUUAAUCUACGUGACUUUUAUAUUUGAUGCAAGUUCAGUUGUAAUAUUAUUGUAUUGACGUGUACAAGUUUCAGAGCUUGAAUUAUCAAGUACCUGACGGUUACGUCUACUUCAGAAAUAUUUCAGCUCA